GUCGACGAAAUGUGCAAUGAUUUGUGCUAUUGAUCUUGGGACAUCAUAUUCCGGAUAUGCUUUUGCUCCGAGAGAAAAUCUCACAAACAAUGGGUCUGAAAUUUACGCCAGUCACUGGGAAAGCGAGGUGCUCUCUCAAAAGACUCCGACGGCAAUCCUGCUGGACCCCGUCAUGAAUUUCCAGGCCUUCGGACAUGCAGCAAGUAAAAAGUUUUCGAAAUUAACCGAAGAUGAAAAAGAUGCAGAUUGGUUUUAUUUCAAAGAUUUCAAAAUGGAUUUAUAUGAUAUGAAUUUGACACGACAUUCAAUGAUUCAAGACAUCCAUGGAAAAUAUGCAUCAGCUCAAAAAAUAUUUGCAGAAUCCUUAAAAUUCCUUCGUGGACAUUUUCUGGACAUGCUACAAGGACGUAACAUGGGUAUUUUGGAGGAAUUUAUCUUCUAUGUUGUGACGGUCCCGGCAAUAUGGAAUGAUGGUGCCAAACAGUUCAUGAGAGAGGCUGCCGUCAUGGCAGGGAUGUGUCCACAUCGUCUUGACUUGGCUCUUGAGCCCGAGGCUGCGGCGCUUUAUUGUAAGCGGCUUACAUCAAAUAGAACAGUGGAGAGUGACGAACCUCCUGAAUUUGUGGUAGAUCAGCCAUAUAUUGUCGUAGAUUUAGGUGGCGGAACUUCUGACAUCACAAUUCAGAAAGUCUCGCCGGAUGGUAAGAUCCAGAACCUGUACAAAGCCUCCGGGGGACCAUGGGGAGGAAACAAAGUCAACAAAUGCUUCCUAGAACUAUUUGUCGAACUUUUCGGCGAUUCUUUAUUUCACGAAUUUUGUAAAGAGAAUAUGGACGAAUUCUUUGAUCUGUUACAGAAUAUUGAAAUAAAGAAGAGAUGGAUUUCUGAAGACAAAAACGAAACGAUAUCACUAGAUAUUCCCAAUUCACUUAUGGAUCUGUAUGCCAAAAGUUUAGAAACGGCAAUAAAAAACGCAAAAUUGGAUGAAAUGAUUAAGGCAAGGAAGAGAAAUAAGAUCAAUGUUAGUUGUUCGUAUUUCCAAACUCAUUUUAAGGAAAUAUGUGAUCAGACCAUAAACUUAGUGAAGACCAUGGUAGAGGAAAAUGCACAGUGUCAAAAAAUAAAGACUCUGAUGAUGGUUGGAGGAUUUUCAGAAUCAAAGUUGGUGCAAAGUAUAUUCAGAGAGAGUUUCCCUGGAUAUGACAUCAAGAUUCCUCUAGACGCAGGAUUGGCUGUCUUGAAGGGGGCGGUAAUUUUUGGAUUUGAUAGAAGUGUAAUCCAAACUCGAAUUUGCCCAUACACGUACGGAAUAGCAGUUCUUAAAAAAUUCAACCCCCAUGUCCAUGAUGUAUCGAAAAGUUUCUUAGAAGACGGACAGUGGAGAGCUGAUGAUUGCUUUGAAAAGUUUUUUGAAGUAGGUGAACCUUUAGCAAUUGGAACUAAGCGUUCUAUCGGUGUUAAUAUCAGUCACGUGGGUGAAGAUCGUCAAAAAGACAGAAGAGAGCAUAAGGAAAUAGAGGUGUUCUCGUCCUCACUUCAGUCGCCUCUGUAUACCACAGACCCCACGUGUCGUUCUCAUGGCAUGAUAAGCGUGAAUCCACCAGAAGGAGAAUGGCCAGUUUAUGUGAGAGGACGUGUAGAAAUAGAGGUAACUGGAACAGAUUUUUUUAACAUCACGUACAUUGACGACACAACCGGACAUAAAACUUCCGGUACAGUUGACUUCCUGUUAUGA